CCCUCGGCCCGGUGAAGCCCCUCAGAAUUUCGGAAUGCAAAGCUGCCCGGGGCCGGAAAGCCCUAGCGGCCGGGUUCUUCUUUUGGCGGGGGCCCAGGGGCCCAGAGAACCGACGUGGCUUGCGAACUCCACCACUGCAAAGAAUCCAGAAGGACAUAAGGAACUGAUGCCAGAAGUUUGCCUGUUGCCCUGUGGUGGGCCAAAGGCCUCUGAUUCCUGGAUGGGACCUAGAACCAUAUCUGCUGAGCUCAUCCAUCAGGUGGAGGAGGCCCUUGACGAUGAGGAUAAGGAGAUGAUGCUUUUCCUCUGCCGGGACCUGGCUACAGGUGUAACCCCCCUUAAUGUCAGGGACCUUCUGUAUGAGCUGAGUGAGAGAGGGAAGCUCUCAGUUGAGGACAUGGCUGAGCUGCUCUACCGAGUCAGGCGGAUCGACCUGAUCAAGCGCAUCUUGAAGAUGGACAGGAAGGCCGUGGAAGACCACCUGACAGUGCACCCUCACCUCAUAUCUGACUACAGGGUGCUGAUGAGUGAGAUUGAUGGGUGUUUGAAUAAGUCUGAUGUGUUCUCGUUAAUUUUCCUCCUGAAUGAUCACCUGAACCGUGGCAAGAUGUCCAGCAAUAAUAGUUUCUUAAAGCUUGUGGUUGAAAUGGAGAAACAAGAUCUGCUGGCUCCAGAUCAACUGGAUUUACUAGAAAAGUGCCUAAAGAGUAUCCACAGAAUGGACCUGAGGAGAAAGAUUCAGAAAUUCAAGCUGUCUGCACAAGGGCAAGAAGUUAGUUAUCUGAAUGCUCUUCCAGCCUCUCUCCCAAACCUGAGUCUUAAUGAGUCUUCAUCUAACUUAAGGAAUGUACCAGAAGAGAGAUACAGGAUGAGGAGCAAGCACCUGGGAAUCUGCCUGAUUAUUGAUUGCCUUGGAAAUGAUCUAAUGUUUCUUCAGAAAACCUUCACUUCCCUGGGUUUUGAGAUCUGCUAUUUCGUCUGUCAAACAGCACAGAAUAUAGAGAAGACUCUUCACAAAGUGGCCCUUGGACUUCAAUACAAAGACUGGGACAGUUUUGUGUGUGUUCUGGUGAGCCGAGGGGACUCUGAGUGUGUGUUUGGGAAGGAGGAACUUUUCUCAAGAUUUCCUUUGGCACACAUCAAGAGGACCUUCCUGGCAGAUGUCUGCCCAUCUCUCGUAGGGAAGCCCAAGGUCUUUUUCAUUCAGACCUACCUGGUGUCAGAGGACCACCGUGGAAGCGUCAGCCUCUUGGAGGUAGACGGGCCAUCUGCAAGCUCUGUGGACUCCAGGGCUCAGCAACCCAGCAUGGCUCACCGAGAAGCUGACAUCUUCUGGAGCGAGUGCACAGCAGAUGCAUCUUUGCUGGAUGAGGCCUCCAGCACGCCGUCCCAGUACCUGUGGUGCCUAGCUCAGAAGCUGCAGGAAGGCAGAAAACGUCCCCUCAUGGAUCUCCAUAUCGAACUCAACAAGCACAUGUAUGCUUGGAACAGCAGAGUGUCUCCUAAAGAGAAGUACCAUGUUUGCCUGCAGAACACGCUGAGAAAGACGCUCAUCUUCUCUUCCACAUGA